UCCUGCCUCCUGUUGUAUUUUCGUGUUUUAUCAGUUACCCAGCUAGCUAAAGGAGGCAGAGCCUGUCAAGGCGACUACAUAUAUCUGUGCAUUGGCGAAAAAUGGAUGUUGGUUACGGGUUGGCUUGUGCGCAGUGGUCAAACGCGUAGUAGGACAACCGCAGCGCCCGUCGCGGUCUUAUAAAUAAGCGAGUGCAGGGAUCAGAGCAGCAGCUCCGGAGCCGGAGCCCUCUGGCUUUCUGUGGACACAUCGGACCUGCGUGUGGCUACGUCGCUUCGGCCAGGCAGAUACGGGAGGGACGUCAGGUUAAAAUAAUAAUUUGAAUAACUGUGGCAGAUCUUCAUAUCAUGGAACCGAGCGGUACCGCUACUAUAGAACAGACGGAGCCGCGAUCGGUUAGGCUCGCCUCGCCCACUCUCACGGUCCCGCCGCGGAGCGCUUUGUCCAGCCCGGGGCUGUCGACGCGUCCGAUGUUCGUCUUCCCCCUGAGGAGCAGCCCAAGUUCCCCUUCGGAGCAGCUGGAGAAGCCGGGCUCCAGAUGGGUACGGCUCAAUGUCGGCGGAACCUACUUCGUCACCACAAAGCAGACGCUGUGCAGAGACCCGAAAUCCUUCCUGUACCGGCUUUGCCAAGACGAUCCCGAUCUUGUUUCAGACAAGGAUGAAACGGGGGCCUACCUAAUCGACAGGGACCCCACUUACUUUGGCCCUAUUCUGAACUACUUGCGUCAUGGCAAGCUCAUUAUAAACAAGGAUCUGGCUGAAGAAGGUGUUUUGGAGGAGGCAGAGUUCUACAACAUCGCGUCUCUGGUGCGGCUGGUCAAGGAGAGGAUAAGAGACAAUGAGAACAGGACAUCACAAGGUCCAGUGAAGCAUGUGUACCGGGUCCUGCAGUGCCAGGAGGAGGAACUUACACAGAUGGUCUCUACCAUGUCAGAUGGCUGGAAGUUCGAGCAGCUUAUUAGCAUCGGCUCCUCCUACAACUACGGCAAUGAAGACCAAGCGGAGUUCCUCUGCGUGGUGUCCCGGGAGUUGAACAAUUCCACCAACGGCCUUGUGAUUGAGCCCACCGAGAAAGCUAAGAUCCUUCAGGAAAGAGGGUCGAGGAUGUGAGAAGCAGUUGCUGUUGGAAGCUUCCUAACAUGUACAUCGCCACCCCCUCCAACUCGCCAGAUAUGCCAACAUCUCACCGUUGUCCUCCUGGCCACUCCUGUGCUUUUUUUUUUAAAAAUUUUAUUUAUUCUAUUUUUUUUUUUUAUUAAAUUUUGGGACACAUAUCCACAGCUGCCUCUAGGGGGCGGAAUCCCACCUCACUCCAGGACACCUGCUCCUUUUUUGCUGGCAGGGCUCAGUAUGGAUAUUGAGAUCCCAGUUGUUAAGCUGGGCUCAGUGACCAAAUGGAAAAGAGGCAAUCGGUUGUUGUUUUUAUGGAAAGAAGCGUGUCGAUGUCUGGCGCUGGCCGUUACUCGGUGAUUUAUUGAAGAGACGGGACAGACAAGGUCCUUCCUGAC